AUGAGCCUUCUCCAGGCCAAUGUCCACGUCCUCCUGCAGCAGUGUAUAAAGGCCUGGGCUGAUGCUACGGUGACCUUCUCCUCCUGGCUGGGGAACAGUGGUCGUUGUGGUCGAUUCUGCUUUAAGAUCCUCCGCCAGCAGCUUGGAAUAAUUGCCAGUAACAGCAAUGAGAUUGUGCGUCUCCCAGGACUCAAUCUCGCCGGCAUCGGUUUGGGACAAACACAGAUUCAGGGGGCUCAGUUUCUCUCUCCGUUCUUCAUCCAGCCCCGGCCUGAUCUCCUGCUGCCUCCUCAGGUGGUGAAUUUUGGUCAACAGGUUCCAGGACCAUUCCUGCCCCUACACCAGAACCUGCCCCCAAUACUACUGCCCUCCAUUCAGCAGGAGCAGCCCACAGGGCCAAUCAACCCCAAUAACCUGCCCAUCAACAAGCAGGACCCUGCCCAGGUGGUUCCUCAGUACUUCCCAUUCCCUCAGGCACCAGGAGGACAGGGUUUUCCCUAUUAUUUGAGUUAUGGGUUCCCUCCCAGAAACACGCUGCUCAAAUUCCCACCCAAUAUGAACACAGCAAAUCAAAAUGCGGCCAAUCAGAACCCAGUGAGACCCACUAAAGUCCCUCAGGCAGUGCAGAAUAAUGGGAAAGUGUUGGAGCCUUGGCGUAUGACUCUGCCCCCUGAUAACCGUGGAGAUCGCCCUGGGCAUGUUGUCGAGGGGGAUCCUGCGUCCCCGAUGAUCCAGCCAUAGAUCUGAAGAGAAACUUGUGUCCGAGUGAAAGCACUCCGAGAUCUGAAACAUCUCAUGGCCACGCCUUCGUCUGACACGCCCUCAAUCCAGCGACGUCACUCUUAGUGUAACUGUUCUAACAACCCUUAUUACACAACAUCUGUAUUAAGUGAUAAUAAAAACUUAAUUAUAAUAAAUGUCCAGUGCAUGUGAAGGAUAAAGGAACA